UCUCAAUGGCUUCUUUUUGUCUUGGUUCUUCUAUCUUGACGAGAUUUACCUCACUUCUUCCCGGUCUUAAGCCUCAACGCUUAACUUUUGAACCUCCCGCCGCCAAAGGUUGCUAAUUAAGAAGAUAUAAAGUGAGGGACAGAGUCCGUGGUUUGCUUUUCCUCGGCAGGUAAGACAAUACCUCCAAUUCUCUCAGCCCUAUGCGCAUCGCGUCAAAGCCCGGAGAGUUGCCCGCGGAUCUCCCGCAUAAUGUCUAGCACAUCUUCCGCUUCUUUCGCCCACGCCAAUUCCACUCCGGCUCAAAUGGAUUCCCCAUCCCGCUCGUCGCCGAACGACAACUCUAUCAACUCGCCCGCCGCAACGUCGACGCCACAAGACCAUGCGCCGACACCAAGCGCCUUAUCCUCGGCUACUUCCAUAGCCGCCGGCGCUCCUCAUCCCACCACCUUCACACCGUCGGGACCGAUCUCGCUCGACCCCUCUACUACGCCCUCAUCCGCGCUCAAUCCCCGCAGCUGCGUGACAUGCCGCCGACGGAAGGUCAGGUGUGAUAAAUUUAUGCCUUGCGGCAAUUGUCGCAAAGCACAAAUCCAAUGCGUCUUCCCGGCUCCGGGCCGAGCCCCUCGGCGGCCGCGCGCAAAAGACCCGAAUGCCCCGCCGAAGCAGACGAGCGAGCGCGAGAUCGAACUCAUGAAGCGCUUGCGGAAGCUCGAGAGUAUCGUGGAGGAUCUGAGCGGCCAGAUCGAGGUCGAGACCGCGAGACACCCCUCUAGUGGUGGCUCGCCCGAGGCCGCGAUGGACAGCACCCCGCAAGAGAGGGAGCGGCGAAGGCAGAGCGGUUUCAUAUACAGCGAGAACCUCCCAGGCGGCUACCCGCCGGCGGAUUACUCGAAACUCGGCCGCUCCCAGACCGGCGACUCCGGGGGUCCUGGGACGAAGAGCCCGGCCGGGGAAGUUAAUAAGUCCUUCGGGAGGCUGGUUCUAAACGAGAAGGGGAAGACGCGGUACGUGAGCAGCGCGUUCUGGUCUAAGAUAAAUGACGAGAUCAACCAGCUGCGGACAGAGACUGAGCAGCUCAGCGACGAAGACACCGACGGCUCGGACGACGGCAGCAGUCCCGGAAUAUUUAACCCGUACCCGGAUCAGGUCGAUCAUCAUGGGUUCGUACUCGGCUACAGCUCCUCCAACGUCGAUCUUCGCAAAUUGCACCCCCUGCCGUCCCAGAUACCUUUCAUAUGGCAAGUUUACCAAGAGAACGUCGACCCUCUGGUCAAAAUAUUACACGUGCCAUCCACAAACAAGAUUAUCCGCGAGCUGAGAAGUAAUAUGAACGAUAUCUCGCCGGGGAUGGAGGCCCUCAUGUUCGCUAUAUACUACGCCUCGAUCACGUCCAUGGGAGACGACGAGGUCAAGAUAAACUUCGGCGCCGACAAAGGACAGCUUAUAAACAAGUACCGCUUCGCUACCGAGCAAGCUCUCGCGAAAGCCAACUUUCUCGUCACAUCAGAACUGGUAGUCGUGCAGGCCUUCACCCUCUUCCUUGUACUCGUACGGCGGUACGACGACACUAGAUUCGCUUGGACGCUCACAGGCCUCGCGAUCAGAAUAUCCCAGUCGCUGGGAAUUCACCGCGAGGGGACCAAGUUCGACGACCUAAGCCCCUUCGACGUGGAUAUGAGACGUCGGCUGUGGUGGGCGAUAUGCAUCCUCGAUCUUAGGUCGGCGGAAGAUCAAGGCACGGAGCUAACGAUCGCGGAGCGCACAUACGACACGCAAUUCCCGCUGAACGUCAACGACGCCGACAUAAGUCCCGAGAUGACGGAGUUCCCGGAAGAGAAGACGGGGCCUACGGACGUGACAUUCUGUCUUAUCCGCUACGAGAUAUGCGCCUUGUCUAGGAAGAUACAUUUCGCCACAAACGGGAUGGCCCCCUGCCACGGCCGGAGCACGGAAGCGGAACGAGACAAUAUGCUUCUCGAAUGCUACGAACGCAUAGAGAAGAAAUACCUCAAGACAUGCGGAGAUAAAGAUGUGGACGUGCUGCAUUGGGUCGCCGCCAUGAUCGCGCGGCUUAUCAUGGCUAAGAUGAGACUAAUUAUCUACCAGCCUAUGCUGCUCCACUCGACCGGCCAGGCGCUUAAUAAAGACGUGCGGCAUCGCUUAUUCAUGGCUUCUCUGGAGGUUGUCGAAUAUACCAAGGUCUUGAACCUAGAGCCCCGCUGUCAGCAGUGGCGCUGGCUCUUCCAAACAUACGCCCAGUGGCACGCCGUGGCUUAUCUCCUAUUAGAGACGUGCAGAUUACCUUGGACGGCGUCGCUCGAGCGCGCUUGGAUCGUGCUCAACGCCGUAUUCCAAACCCCAGACGCGGCCGAGCGCGCCAGGCCAGGAGUUUGGGUUCCUCUUCGCAAGCUCAUGACGCAGGCCAAGCGCCAUAGGGAGGAAGAGGUGAAGCGGUUAAGAGCAGAUCCCGAAGCCGCACAGCAGCUCGACAUCGACGAGCAGAAGCAAUUGCAACCUGAUAACUUCAAACACCUAUCGAGCUCCGUAAGAAGCUCCCUCGCCCAAGACCAGUGGCGGAAGCUUGUCGGGGUCAAGGGUCCCGAGAAACCCGUCUUCACCCUCGCUAGCGUCACGAACGCUUGCCCGCCGACGGAGGUCAAACCAGAGAGCAAAGAAGUCCUUCAGCAACAAACAAGUGUCGGCGAACCCGAGCCCGAGAUGCAGUACGUCGACCACCUGAUGUCUCAGCCGUAUCUCGACUCGCAAGACCUCUUCUCCGUAGCCUUUCCUAGCAAUCAGGUAUAUAUGACCGAAGGGGGCGCCCAACCACCGGGCAAUUCCCGUCCGGCUCCGCCCGCUCCCACUGGAACAUUUGAAACGCCCGGUAGCAGCGCUUACGGCGCCGCCGCGGCCCCCCCUCAACAAAACUUCCUCGAGGAUAAUCCGCCGCCUUGGCUUUGGUCCGAUAAUUGGGCCAACGGUCCCGCAAACAAUACGACGGCGAAUACGGCCACACCAAGGACCGAGGAUCAAGACGUCGACAUGGACGCAGAAGAGGGGUUCAACUGGCAAACUUGGGUGGACAACGGGCUCGCGAUGGGUCGGGUCGGUUUCAUGGGAGGGAUUUGAUAUAAGUAGCGCGAAUGAUAAACGAAUCACCUUUUCAUGGGCGGCAUUCAUUUGAGCAUCAUGGAUGGAAGGGCAUAUACCGAUUUUAGAUCGGAAUACGGAGGAGGAUUAAGCAAUGUCUUCGUUUGAGGACAGUCGAUUCUGCCCACCCGCUGCUAAAGAGC